AUGUCCGCCCAGAACGCGUUGACACCGUCACUUCGAGGCCGGAAGAGCAUCCGGCCAUCAUCUGCGAUUGAUUUUGGCUACAAGUUGGAGCAAAACUUGUAUGAUACUGUCAAAAACCCCAAGGGCAUCAUAGACAUGGGCUCUGCUGUCAACGAGCUGAUGCUUGAUGACCUGUCGGGGUGGACGAAAAAGAAAGUGAAAAAAAGCCAGCUGAGGGAUGCUGUUGAUCACGGAGAUACGCAGAGCUCAACAAACCUGCUGAAAGCGGCGGCUAGAUUCAUUAACGAACACUUCCGAGUUCGCCCCCCACUCACCAACGACAACGUAUUCGCGGCAAACGACGUAGACACUCUGCUGGAGUCUCUGACCCACAGUAUCGCAGAUGAAGGAGACGCAAUUCUCAUCCCCACACCUAGCUGCGGCAUAUCUGCCCACGACGUCUGGGCAAAGAACAAUGUCCAUGUUGUCGAGGUGCCGUGCGACGACAUCCCCGAAGAGCGGUUCUGGGGCCCCCCGCCACAGGAAGACGCCCCCAUACAGGCUCCGGAACUAGUUAGGCGUCUCGAAGCUGCGAUUAAGAUGGAGUUGGAUCAAAAGCGCAAGGUUCGAGGUAUAUUUUUGGCCAACCCGGACAACCCACUGGGCCGGUGCUAUGCGGCCCACGUGCUACUACAGGUGUCACAGCUCUGCGCGAAGUACGAGAUCCACCUGAUUGUCGAUGAAACCUACGCCAUGAGCGCUGGAGAUCGCUUCUCAAGCAUCUUGAGCCUUGGCUUGGACAUGAAUGCUACAUACGUUCACGUAUUGUGGGGGAUGAGCAAGGAUCUUGGCCUUGGUGGUUUCGAGGGCGCGUUCCUGGCAACAUACAACAAACAGACCUACAAUGCCAUGAGGUCGUUGAGCAGCAGGCCCGGGCGGAUGUCUGCUUCGAGUUCCACAGUGGCAGAGAAGCUGAUAUCGGACACGAAGUACCUCCAAAACCACUACCUCCCAGUGUUCCGCCGGCGGUUGAACAAACGGCGUAAACUUGUGGAAGAAAUCCUCGUUAGUUACAAUGUUCCAUAUGACAAGCCGGAAGCCGGACUUUUCGUCUUUGUCGACUUGUCGGAGUGGGCGGACUUCAGCCCCCAACAACACGGCAGAGAGGGCUAUUCGUCACUGCUGGAAUAUAUGUUGAAGCAGCGUGUCUUUCUCGAGCCCGGUGAAACAUUCUGCUCCAAGCGACCAGGCUGGUUCCGACUUAGUUUCGGCGGGGAGAAGGAGACGUUCAAAUUAGGUCUCCAGAGGCUGCUGCACUGCUUGAAAUUGCUCGACGGCAAAGAAUACACGGUGCCCUUCGCUCUAGGUCCAGGGUUAUAUUUCCCACCCAUGAGCAUUACCUAUUUCUCGAUCACAUGA